AACAAAAUCCAAAAAGUUUAAUUAAAGCAACGAGUGCCGCUUGCAAUUGGAACAUUUUUAAGCUAGACAAAAUGUGCAGUUGCCACGGCGAAUCUCCACGAGUUCAGCGCCAAAGUGCCGAGCGGCCUCUUGCACCCAGCGAAGCGUGUUGCUGUCGGUCGCGCAGCUGCGCUCGUGAAUAACGUACGGCGGGUUCCGUCGCUCACACACAAUCACUACACCGCCACAAAUACAACAGAAAUGUGUUCUUUGCUCUUAGGAAGUAAGUGAGUUGCAAACGUUUAAAAACGGAUGAGGAAGUGAGGGGUGCUUGUCGACGGAGCAACAGUUAAACCACAACACAACGCGCCCAAAAGCCGGCAACACUACAAAGUUUAUUGGCACGAAAAAUCAAAACGACAGAAAAACCACAAACACCAUUAGGCGAGGUAAAUGCCAAGGAAAAGUGAGCUUAAGAGUGCGGAACCAAAGUGGUGAGCAAUCAAAACACCAGAAAAAGUAGCAAAAAGACAGGAGAAGAGUGUAAAGGACCGCAUGCGAAAGGCGAGCAAUUGAGAAAAAACAGACGAAAACACUCGAACCGGCGUUUAAGUGCAAUAACGACAGAAAGAGCAACAACAAACAAAUACACGGCAACAAAACUGCAACAGAGCAAUUGCAACAUCAAUAACACAAUCAACAAAAACAACAACGUAGCGUCGAAACUCUAACUUACAGACAUUCUUCUGCUUCUACCCACACUUUCAAACGCCAAUGAACGGAGCCACAACAGAAAGAACAAGAAGAGUGUUGAAAAAAUAUAUGUUUUUGUUGUCUGAGGACUUCAAGAUUACUCAAAAGUGGCAAUUAAACAAUCUAACAAUUUAACAAACACUACCCUAUAAAUAACUGUACAUACAGUCAACACAAAAAACAAUUCAAAAUUCAGUUAAACUGUACAAAUGAAUUUGAUUGUGGCCACAAUGAAUUUCCUGAAAGCAAGCAGUCAUCAAACGGCGACCAUCACUCACACCGCUCUCAGCUGGUUGCUGCUGGGUCUUGGAUUGAUCAUUUCAUUGCCAGUUUGCACAGCUGGCCCGCAUGAGAAACGCCUUCUACACGCCCUGCUCGACAACUACAACAGUCUGGAGCGACCCGUCGUAAACGAAUCCGAUCCACUGCAGCUGAGCUUCGGGCUGACGCUAAUGCAAAUCAUCGAUGUGGACGAGAAGAAUCAAUUGCUAAUAACAAAUAUUUGGCUCAAAUUGGAAUGGAAUGACAUGAACUUGCGCUGGAACUCAAGCGAGUAUGGCGGCGUACGGGAUCUCCGCAUUCCUCCACACAGACUUUGGAAACCGGAUGUGCUCAUGUACAACAGCGCCGAUGAGGGUUUCGACGGCACCUAUGCCACGAAUGUUGUGGUUCGGAAUAAUGGCUCGUGUCUAUACGUGCCGCCUGGAAUUUUUAAGUCCACCUGCAAAAUCGACAUCACGUGGUUUCCAUUCGACGAUCAGCGUUGUGAAAUGAAAUUCGGCUCAUGGACAUACGAUGGCUUUCAGCUGGAUUUACAACUGCAAGAUGAAGCUGGCGGAGACAUCUCCAGUUUCAUAACGAACGGCGAAUGGGACUUGCUAGGCGUGCCCGGUAAACGAAAUGAAAUCUACUAUAAUUGCUGCCCAGAACCUUAUAUUGACAUAACGUUCGCCAUUUUAAUACGACGGAAAACUUUGUACUAUUUUUUUAACUUAAUUGUGCCGUGCGUACUGAUAGCCUCUAUGGCACUGCUAGGGUUCACACUGCCCCCCGAUUCUGGUGAGAAGCUCUCGCUAGGAGUUACAAUUCUACUAUCGCUAACAGUCUUCCUCAACAUGGUGGCCGAAACGAUGCCAGCGACCUCAGAUGCAGUGCCGCUCCUAGGAACUUAUUUCAAUUGCAUUAUGUUUAUGGUGGCCUCAUCAGUUGUGUCAACCAUACUUAUCCUCAAUUAUCAUCAUAGAAAUCCAGAUACGCAUGAAAUGAGUGAAUGGAUAAGAGUAAUAUUCCUUUAUUGGUUACCUUGCAUAUUGCGGAUGCAAAGACCGGGACAGGUCGGCUAUGAAUGCCCACCACCGCCGUCGUCAUCGAGCUCCUCCAAUGCCGGCGAUAAAAAGCACCAGAUGCAGAAUGUCGAACUGAAAGAAAGAUCAUCGAAAUCGUUACUCGCCAAUGUGCUGGAUAUUGACGAUGACUUCCGUUGUAACCAUCGCUGUGCCAGCGCCACGUUGCCCCAUCAGCCGACCUAUUAUCGCGCCAUGUAUAGGCAAGGCGAUGACGGCAGCGUCGGUCCGGUGGGCCCCGUCGGCCCCGUUGGCCCGGUGGGCGAUGCGCGGAUGCACGAGGCCAUGUCGCACACCUGCCUCAGCUCAUCUGCCGAGUAUGAAUUGGCGCUUAUCCUUAAAGAACUGCGAUGGAUCACAGAUCAGCUGAAGAAAGAGGACGAAACGGGCGAUGUAACGCGCGAUUGGAAAUUCGCAGCGAUGGUAGUUGAUCGCUUGUGCCUUAUAAUUUUCACGCUGUUCACAAUAAUUGCCACACUGGCCGUACUCUUCUCUGCACCACAUUUCAUUUUCCCAUAAUCUGUGUCAACAUCGAAAGUCUGACAACUACAGUACCAACCUUUGGUUCAGGCGUCAACGCAGAAAGCUACGAUUACAAUCAAGAAACUCUUACUCGUCGUUUUUAUGUUCCAAUGUGAAAUGUUAACGGAGCGUUUUUCAACCUCAACAACUUGUACGAAAACAGCAAUACUUGUAGCAAAACAAAAAACAAAUGCAAAUAACAAAAACAAAAUGUGCCUCAGUCAACGAAAGAAAAAGUGUAAUUUUAUGCCGAAAUUGUAACAAUUCUUAGUUUUACGCAGUAAAUGAUAACAGAUAACGAUAGUCAUACUUGUCUUGCUUUUUAUUUUCAGUUUCUGAGUGAACCAAACACAUAACACUACCAUUAGGUUAAAUUAAUCUGGUAGGUCAAAAACCCACACAUAGACUGAUUUUCGUUAUUUUCGAUACCAGAUGGAGUGCUGGCACGUAGUCAAUGAGAAGUUAACGUUUAAAACGCCUGCCUUUGACGCGAAUUUAAAAAGGUGAUGUGGUUUCGCUAACGAGAUCUCUUCCAGAUUAUCGUACUGUGAAGCCCCAAAGCACUGAAGCCGUGACUCUGCAGGACAAGCAAACAAGAGUUGUUCCAUUGUUUCUCUGGUACCUUGCCCUUGACAUUUCCUUUCCCCAUCUUGUAGGCGCACCCCGCCACCAGACAGUGAGUAUGCCGACGAUGUUUCUACAUUUUGUUCCAUCAAGCGUCAGUAGGAACUUCGUGUGUUUCUGAUCUACCGCUUUAAACAUAUGUAACUUUUACGAUUUUGCAUCCCGGUAGAUCCUUCUUGUACCAUUAGAUUAGGCUAGGUUAAACUGUUAGGCCAAUACGCCACACAUAGACCUAUUUAGGUCCUUUGCGAUACCAGAUGGAGUGCCGUCACGUUGUCCACGAGGAGUAGUCAUCCUUUACCUCUUGUACCAUUACUCAUAUAGGAUAUUUCUAAACCAAUUAUUUCAAUGAAGAAGUUCUGUCUUAACUUCAAUUACAUCUAACUCACUUAACAUUUUCCUCACGAUUACUGAGAUGAUUGGGAUCCCAAAAGAUCCUCCAUGUUUUUUCUAAAAAGGCUCUCGAAAUGAAACUAGAAAUGUCAUUUUCAGACCCUUCGUGGUCUAAAAAGUAUACUGAGUAUUUGAAGAUAAUAGUAUUUGAGGUUAAAUAUUAUCGACAGAUUUUAAGAAGAUGUACUGUGCUAAGGUGUUUGGUUCACAUUCUGUUUUCUUUACAUUCUUUAUUUCCUCUUAAAUACUUAGACACUCUUUUGUUUGAACUAAGUUGAAUUGGAUAUAAGAAAAAACGGCAAUAAUUAAAAGUGAAUAAGAAUUCGCUGUGAUAAGUAAAAAAAUUGCUGGUGUAAAAUGGUGCGUGAGGAAUUUAAUUCGGAUGUAAAAAUAUGUCAAAAAUACACUAUAAGAUAUGUGUGUGUAAUUCAAAUGUGUAACGGAUGUAAUAUACAACUAUAAAGCAAACUCGAAAUCGACGCAAAGAAACAGAGACCCCUGCUAUGAAGAUAAAACUCAAUAAUAAGCUACCAAAUGUUGGAGUAAUCUUGUAUUUCGACGUUGAACCGAUUUCGAGUGGCUUAUAGUUGCAAAUUUUAUUUGGAUUUAUGAGCAUAGAGAAUGUGAUAAAUGAAAAUGAAAAAACAAAAUUUAAAAUAUGCGCAAAUAACUGUAUAUGAGGCAGAGAGAUGUGGAAAUUUCCAAACUAUUCACAGUUAUAUUUCCAACUAUGAUACAAACAUGCUUGUGAAAGUUGCUAAGUAUCAGCAAAUCUACUAGAAUGCUUCAGAACUAUUUAGGCUAUAGAUUUAUGAGUCAGUGCAAUUAACAUUACAUACAUACAAUGCUCACACCUGUGCGGCUGCUGCAACGGCAGUAUGCCGCACCCUCCCCCUACUUCGUAAGAACACUCAACUCAUGCUCAAACCGAACCCGAACAUAAACCCGACCCGUUGCCAACGACGCAAAAUAGAGAAAUCUGCGAAGAAUAAAUAAAUUAAUAUAUCUAUUGUACUUAAUAUCGAGAAAGUAUAAAGUUAACUAUUUUAUAAAGUAGACAAAGGUAUGAAGACAUUAUAUUACCUAAGAACUUGUUAACGAGAAUAAUGAUGCUCCAUAUACAAACAAACAUGCAAUACAUACAAUACAAUAACAAAUACAAUUGUGAGAACACAAGUAAUAAAUUGAAAUAAUUAAAGAGAAAACGAAAAAGCAUAAAAACCAAUAAAUAAAGUUGAAAGAAAUUAAAACAGAAAACAGAAAACUGAAAACUGAAAACACUUAAAUACAUUUGAAAUAUAAUAUUAUUAGGACAUUAGGCAAUAUACUUAUGUACGAGUUUAAGACACAAUUACGGUUGAUGCAUUAAAUAGCAAUAAGUCGUUGAAUUACAUGCGUAGCCAAUUGUAUAUUACAAAACGUUUUGAUGCAAUUUAAACAGCAAAAAGUUAACAAAUUUCGUGCGUAGACUCUAACUCUUAAGAUAUAUAUUUAAUAAAAAACAAAACAAAUCACAGCGAGCGAAACAUGAGUAGUAAUUAAGUGUAGAAACGCAUGAGAGUGCGCUUAGGAAUCUUGAAUUAAAGCAAUCAUAAUGAAAACCAUGAAAACCAUUGCAAAUGGCAAUAGAUUUACGAAUGUGGAAUGUAUGUAUGCCUAAAUCUUAACAGCUAUAAAUUUGAUUGGAAAUAUUCCGCGAGUAAAUUUUGUGUUUAUAAAAAUUUUUAUAUUUUAGGUUAGAUUAUCACUUCUGGGAUGCACGAACGAAAGAGUAAGAUACACUAUGCCUAAAGACAAACUCAGAGUUUCAGGAGACGGUAGGUUCCUACUUACACCAUUCUGGGCUCGAUUCUAAAUGAACUAUGUAUAUCGGAUUUGCGUUUCAUUCACACAGAAAGUGGAAAAUUGUUUCCUUAUUCCCUCUUCUUCGCAGCCGCGGCAUAUCCUUUUUUAUCACAUGUUCUCCAAAUGAUCAAUAUCUCGUUAUAUGAAGUACUCCGAAAAUAAUUUACCUGGACCUAUUAUAUAAGUCCCUAGUUCUUGUUUUGUCAUAUCUGUUCUUUGUACUCAGCUAAUUGUUCAAUUUGAGUAAUGAGCGCCCUUUUGAUGAUCCCUAGCGGGCAUUGCCUGAACUCUGCCUCGGAUUCGUUUAGAGUGUGGAGUUUAUCUUCCUGCGAACUCAAUGUCUUCUUGCAGUUUUGACUGCGCUGAAAUUAAUCUUUGGCGACGACAAGGCAAGGAGCGCCGCUGAGUUUGGUAGACGAAUAGAGAAGUAGAUGCCAAGGUCAUCGGAAUAUACCCACGAGCCUACUCAGUAGUCCAUUUUGGAACCGUUGGUAUCCUGUAGACUGAGAUGGUCUCCUCCUCCCCUACUAAGCCUCUUCUCCAUUCCCGGCUUGAUGGUAUCCUCACCUGGAAGCAACUAUUGAAGUCCAACUUUUGCAGAAUUUAGUCUGAUUUAUUAACGUUUGUUUUGAGCUACCUCAGAACAUCAUUAUGUUUCUUCUCUUUUGGUUCUUUUGGUUCCAACCACCUAAGAUCUUAAUUUAUAUGGCAGAAUAUGCUACUUUCCGUAUGUAGACGUCUAUGGGUAAUUGAUGCAGAAGCACAUGAACACAUGAAUUUAUAGCACUUGUCAGCCCCGCACAGACUCUCUGUAUUCCGUUUAGUUUUCUAUUUUCUGGAUAUUCUGGAUAAAACACAAAUUUCUAUUAAACCAACUAUUAAAAUUCACAAUGAUAGGCAUACAUACAUACACACACGCACACAUAUGAAUGGCAAAUAUUUUUGCAUUUGAAUUGGAAAACGAUAAACAAUAAAAUUUCUAUUCACUGAACAUUAGCAUAGUUAUAGGCGCAGCAAACCAUAUGCCAUACGCAUAGUCACUCACAUACAUACAUAUACAUAUAUUGUAGUUACGAAUAUAUACAUACAUAUUUAUAUAUAAAUAGCGAAUUGGAAAUUAUUUGUGUCACAUUGACAUGCUUUUGUAUCGACAAACAACAAAUAGCCAAAUAGCCAAAUACAUACACACAUCCAUAUAUAGUACGCAUAGUACGUUGCGUUAGCGUUGCAAGCAAACAAACAUACAUACGUACAAGUACAUAUAACGGUACACGCAUAUACAUAUAGCUAAUUGGAAAACGAGCGAGCAACAACAGCGCUAGAAUUACAUUAGCAUACAAGCAUUAGAUAUAUAUAUAUAUACAAAUAUAUUAUAAUAUAUAUAAAAUAAAUAUGGCAAAUCGCAGUCAAUAGAUGAUAAUGCACAAGUUUUAACGGUUCAACACAAACACAGAAAUAAAUGAUACAUAAAUAUAUAUAAGUAUGUAAGUAUAAACGCUUUGAAUGAAUGCAACGGUACAUGUUGAAACGAGUCAUUAGUUUAGACACGCUAAUUAUUAUGAUUUCUAUUACCGUUAGUUGCAGUUAGAGCAGCUGACAAUUAGCUAGUACUAAAUCGAGAAUAUUGCAAUAACACACAAACACACUUUGUACAUACAUACAUACAGACACGGCAAGCACUGCUAACUGCUGAGCUGAGCUGAAGCAUUUCACCAGCUCCCCAAUUAUGAGUUUGUAAAUAUCCCCCCACCGUAAACGCGAGCUAAUCUCCUUCCCUGCACAGCACACACACACACACACAUAUGCGUACUACAGACAUACUACACAUACAUAUAUAGAAAUAUAUAGUAUAUAGUAUAUAGUAUAUAAAAAGAAUUAAAAACUUAAACAAAGCAAUAACACACUGAGCAAAAUUGUACUCGUUCACCAGUGCAAAUCAAUGUGUUGAAUUUGAAUGCGAGAAAACAAUGGUCUUCCUUAAAAUUAAAUUGUAACAUAGACGUAACGUAAGCGCAUAAUAUGCAAUCAAAAGCAAAUAAUAUAAUAUACGAGUAUAGUACAUACAUACGUACAUUAUGCGAGUAAUAAGUAAAAAUAAGUAAUAAAUACGUAGACGUAAGCAAAAGAGAAUAUUCGUGAAGUGUUUUUAAUUUCGAUUGGCAAACUUGCUUUAAAUUUGGCGAGAGAGUAUAUAUGUAUCACAGCACGCACUUGCUUAGAAAACAGUUGCGGCUAUGGCGCAACAACAACAAAAUCUAUAGAAUAUAUAGGUAAUAAUAUUUAUGUAUGACACUUUCGAUAAAUUUAUAUUUUGCUGGACCCACUAUUGACAUUUCGGUCGUACUAACUUAACAUUGAAUGACCUCCAUAUCUGCUCAACUACACCCUGUAGGAAAUAAGUCGAGUCUCGAGUGGGAAAAUCUCGUGAAAUAUUCAGAAUGCGAGUGCGUUGGUAAUAUCUAGUUCCAUUUUAUCCAAGUAAUUCCCUGAGAAAUGAUAAAAGUCAUUAAUGAAAGAUUAUAGCUUUUGCUGCAGGAUUAUCACAUAUAUGUACAUGCUGAUAAGAACCCAAUUUUUUCCUUAGAUACAAAUCUACCAAUUUAAAAAGAGACUAAUGUUCAUCAAACCUUUAUUAGUCUAACUUGUUUAGCAAAUCUCAAAGAACACGACUUGGAAACUCCUUAACUACUAACUACUAUAUAACCCAUGUCCAGCAAUUAAUCAAAUACUGAACUUACGAAUGGUUGAGAUUUCCGUGAUGUUCAUCAUCCUCUCUUAAGUGUAUAUCCUUGAUUAGUACUGAAGCCAAUAAUGAAUUUCGUAUAACCUUUAGUCCAGAUAUAAUCCAGUAUAGUGCUAAGCGUAAUGUUGUAUGCCCAAAAUACAACUCCUGCUCCUACGAAGUGUUACGCGCUUUAACCGCAAAGAAGUGGCAGCUAUCCGAUAAGACCAAGACCAAGUUCUAUACAUAGGCGUUUCUUGAGAUUACAGUAUCCAAUAUAGAGUCCCGCCAGUACCCAGAAUUUACUCCUUGCGAGGUUUAUUAGAAUCCUAAACCUUUUGGUAUUGCAUCCUCCCAGUAAUAUUUUUGCCUGUCAUAAACCGGGUACCCGCUGACAGUGUCUUUUUCGUUUUGAUGUCUCCUCUACCCGGAACAUCUCCAUCUUACUAUUUAUAACUCAAGAACGACUAGACCGAUGCAUAGAUAAUAAAAAAUGAAAAAUUCUAACAAUUGUCCAGUCGAUUGGUCUCGUUCAUUCUUUGGUUAUGAUGUACAAAGUUCGACGAAAAUCCUUAUAACCUAACAAAAUUAAAUUACUAUUUUUCUGUACUAUUGAGAUACUAUUGAUUAUUCAAGUAAAAUAAUGAAAAUUAAAAAAAAAACUCUCCCCACAAUUCAAUUCUCCAAUGACCCUGAAUUGUUGCGUUUUUUCAUCAAUAAUUUCAAGAUAAAAACAUAAUUGAAAAGUAGUUUAUAUUCACUUAAAGUGGAAUAUAUUCGCGAAGCCCCAACCACUGUUCCGUCUCUAAACGGAACCAAAUUUAUUCAUGAAACGUUGGAUCGCAAUGUAAGGUGCCUAAUAAAAGCCCGUUGAAUUAGUAGAUUUCAUUUAAAUUACCGUAGAACUGGUUGAACUGUUAAUUUUAGCUGCACUUAUAUUAAUUUGGAAAGGGUGGCUUUCUUAUGGCUUUCUUCAUUAACAAGUUAGAUCGCUUAAUGUAAUUGCUAAAAACUUGAAAAAUAAGUAAAUAAAUUAAAGUUCGUACACAUAUACAAACAUAUCUGAAAACAGUAAAUUCGUCAGCGACAAUAUGUCUACAUGUUUAAUUCAACUGUUUUUUCUAAGCCAAAUAAGUAUAGUGUUUCGUAAAAUAAGCCAUUUUGUGCAUGAAUGACAAUCGUUUUGUUCAAAUUCAAACAGAGGUUUCCCAUUUAUUUCGUGGCUUUGGAGCUACGCACCAAUUUUAUAAAAAUAUUUUAUUUUUGUUUUUGUAAAAAAGAACACUGCAAGUACUGAAGCGAUUGCAGGGCCAACUACGAAUUUCCAUUUAUUUUUUAGAAAACUAUUAAGUAAAUAAAUUACUUAAGUAUAUAUAAAGAUUAAGUAGAAUGCCAAGAACCUCAACUAAAUUCGGUUUCUUCUUCAACUACGUAGAUUUGGCGACUACGAAGAAAUAACACAAGCGCGAGUGAAUUUCGUAUAACUUAAGUGUAGAAAAUCUAGUACUUAAAAUCGCAAUAUUUAAGCGCUAACUGGCCAACACACAUACAUACACACACACACUUGUUUCCACAUUUGCCAAUCGCGUUUCGACGACCUCCCUUCAUCCAACUCACUUUAAUGCCACGCAUUGCCGCUUCGCAGACUUCCUUCGUCUUAUGUUUUCAUCAAAUUGUUAACAACUAGUCUUAAGCCAUACAAACAUACAUACAUACAUAAGUAAGUAUGGACUCUUAUGUAAGUAAAUAUAUGUAAGUAUAAGAAUAAGCAUGUGAAUACUAGCACUAUACUAUACUAUAGGUUAAAUGCUUCAAACUGCUUUCUGCCUAACCUAAUUGGUCUAAAACCACUUAUUAAAACAAAAAAAAAAACAAAAAAAAAAAAACAAUAAAAACUAACUAAUUAUUAUUACGCUAAAUAACGGAUUAUGAAACGAAAAUGCUACAACAGUUUGUAUGUAUGUAUACUAUAAUAUUCAAAGCAAAACCCAAAAUGACAACAACAAAAUUGUGUAAAGCAAAUAUCUAAAUUAAAUAUGUAAGCGAGAAUUUUAACAAAAAAACAAUAGACAACAACAAGAAAUAAAUACAAAACCAAAAACAAAAAGAAAAAACGAAGCAUUUUAAAGCCAUCAUAGGAAAAAGUAUAUAAAGAAAAACUAAUAAAAUACAACAACAUCGCAUAUGAAAAUCCAAAGCAAAAGCACACACAAGCUGUUCAGUAACUUACGAACCAUAUACCUACAUACAUACAUAUAUGUAAGAAUAUAAAUCACAAAACAUAAAUAAUAAUUGUCAUUUUGCAUUCCUAUGUAAUUAAAGAAAAAUUUUCAAUUUCCUAAAAUAUUCCCAUAAAAUAAAUUUAAAAAAAAAUAUUUUUUUGUUUUCAAAACCUAUUUUCCAAUACAAAUUAGUACUAUAUAAUUUCAUUGACAAGUGUUACAGGCGUUUGUGUUUCAAUGCUCAUCUAAUCCGAAACAGUUCGCGCUCGCUUUCUUACCUUCUUCGAUGAAGCCCAAGUUUAUAACAAGCUGUAUCUUGGGUCUCAAUAAGUCAUUCUUGAGGCAUAUCUUUCUGGAAUGGAACACGAAACGUGUUUUUUCUAAAGGCAUGUCCUUUUGCUCCGCCAGAGCACUUCACUACUCGCGACUUUGCUCGGAAAUUUGCUUACCAAUCGAUAUAUACCAACACAGUGACACUUUCUAAUCUCUAGAAAUAUUUAAAGUUUCAACAUUUUGUUUUUCUUAUUUUUUUAUAUAUUAAUUAAAGACCAUCAAGGAACAUCAUAGAAAAUCGCUUACAAAUAUACAUAAUCGAAACUGCGCUGAUUGUUAAAUAGGAAAGAAACAGCUAUCCUGCGAUCCGACAGCUCAAUCGCAUAAAAAUCGAAACCACAACAAUACGUUUUUAUGAAAUAGUCUUAAGUGAACAUUUUAGAAAACACCAAACUCGAAUAAAAAACGAGAAAGAAAGAAUAAAAGAGAAU